CGCGGAUCACGUGGUGCCGUGAGAGUCGCGCCGCCGACACUGUAAGAUGGCGGCCGCGUUACCCGAGCGGAGAGUGCUGACUUACUGCGUCUAUAAAUGGUCCAGUUAUUCGUCUACAUAUGUCCCGGAGAAUAUUUUGGUGGAUAAACCUAAUGAUCAAUCUUCAAGAUGGUCGUCUGAAAGCAACUACCCACCCCAGUACUUGAUUCUGAAACUUGAGAGGCCAGCCAUAGUCCAGAGCAUUACCUUUGGAAAAUAUGAAAAGACUCAUGUUUGUAACCUAAAGAAGUUCAAAGUUUAUGGGGGAAUGAGUGAAGAAAACAUGACUGAACUAUUGUCAAGUGGUUUAAAGAAUGAUUACAACAAGGAGACUUUCACAUUGAAGCACAAAAUUGAUGAUCAGAUGUUCCCCUGUCGUUUCAUUAAAAUAGUUCCAUUAAUGUCCUGGGGUCCUAGCUUUAACUUCAGCAUCUGGUAUGUUGAAAUACAUGGAAUAGAUGAACCAGAUAUUGUACAACCCUGCCUUAACUGGUACAGCAAGUACCGUGAACAAGAAGCCAUUAGGCUCUGCUUGAAACACUUCCGUCAGCACAACUACACUGAGGCCUUUGAGUCACUACAGAAGAAAACUAAGAUUGCAUUGGAGCAUCCAAUGUUAACUGAACUGCAUGACAAGUUGGUUCUGAAAGGUGAUUUUGAUGCUUGUGAAGGACUAAUUGAGAAAGCUGUCAGCGAUGGUUUGUUUAAUCAGUACAUUAGUCAACAAGAAUACAAGCCCAGAUGGACACAGAUCAUCCCUCAAAGUAACAAAGGUGAUGGUGAAGACAAUCGACCUGGUAUGCGGGGAGGCCAUCAAAUGGUAAUUGAUGUUCAGACAGAAACAGUAUAUUUAUUUGGUGGUUGGGAUGGAACACAGGAUUUGGCAGAUUUCUGGGCAUACAGUGUUAAAGAAAACCAGUGGACUUUUAUAUCUAGAGAUACUGAGAAAGAGAGUGGUCCAAGUGCUCGAUCUUGUCACAAGAUGUGCAUUGACACAACUCGGAGACAAAUAUACACACUGGGCCGUUACUUGGAUUCUUCAGUGAGAAAUAGCAAGUCUCUGAAGAGUGACUUCUAUCGCUAUGAUAUAGACACCAAUAAGUGGUCAUUGUUAAGUGAAGAUACGGCAACUGAUGGUGGACCAAAGUUGGUGUUUGAUCAUCAGAUGUGUAUGGAUUCUGAAAAGCACAUGAUUUACACAUUUGGUGGAAGAAUAUUGACUUGCAAUGGAAAUGUUGAUGACACUCGAGCUAAUGAGCCACAGUUCAGUGGACUUUUUGCUUACCAUUGUCUGUCUAACACCUGGAAGCUACUUCGGGAAGAUUCUUGCAAUGCUGGACCAGAAGAUGUGCAGUCUCGAAUUGGACACUGCAUGCUCUUCCAUACUAAAAAUCGGUGCCUUUAUGUUUUUGGUGGGCAGAGGUCAAAGACAUACUUGAACGAUUUCUUCAGUUAUGAUGUGGAUAGUGACCACGUGGAAAUAAUAUCAGACGGGACAAAGAAGGACUCUGGUAUGGUUCCAAUGACAGGUUUCACUCAGAGAGCUACAAUUGACCCUGAACUGAAUGAGAUUCAUGUCCUCUCAGGCCUCAGUAAAGACAAGGAUAAACGGGAUGAGAAUGUUCGCAAUUCUUUUUGGAUUUAUGACAUUGCACGAAACAACUGGUCCUGUGUUUAUAAGAAUGAUCAGUCUUUAAAAGAUAAUCCUAACAAGAGCCUUCAAGAGGAAGAGCCGUGUCCCCGGUUUGCACACCAGCUGGUAUAUGAUGAUAUGCACAAGGUUCACUACUUGUUCGGUGGGAAUCCUGGCAAGUCGUGCUCUCCGAAGAUGAGACUGGAUGAUUUUUGGUCAUUAAAGCUUUGCCGCCCCUCCAAGGACUACCUCCUGAGACAUUGCAGAUAUCUCAUCAGGAAGCACAGAUUUGAGGAGAAAGCGCGAGCAGAUCCUUUAAAUGCUUUGAAAUACUUACAGAAUGAUUUGUAUGUUACUGUGGAUCACUCUGAUCCAGAAGAAACUAAAGAGUUUCAGUUAUUGGCUCAAGCACUCUUCAGAUCUGGUUCAGACUUCAUCCCAUUGGGUUUUUUAGAUGUCGAUCAGAAUUAUGCCCAGAGGACUCUGUUGUUUGAUACACUGGUAAACUUCUUUCCUGACAGCAUGACACCUCCAAAAGGCAAUCUGGUUGACCUCAUCACACUGUAGCUCCGUAGUAUUUGCUGGAUACUGGCUGAAGAAGAAGUCAAUCACAGAUCUAAUCUCCUGUUUUAUACUCGCUAGAUUGGAUUAUGGUUUUGGCUGGCAAAGGUGUUUUAUGUAACACACCUCCACCUUUCUAGUCUUUGAUUUGUGUCCAGUUUCAGUGGUGUUUUCAUGCCACCUUCUAAAAACUGGGUUGGAACAGAUGCUGGCUAUGUAAAUAUGGGUUUGCUUCCCAUAUGUGUUAAGUCAUUUGCCUUGGUAAAUAUUUAAAACUAUUUUGAGAUUAAAUAAUAAAUCCUGCCAUGUGACUGUCCAUAUAAACACACAGUUGGAACUCUUAAUGUCUAGCCUGAUUCUUGGAGUGAUACUGUAGUGAUCUCAACUGAUUUUCACAGCAGCAUUUUUGUCUAUGUUCAUGUAAGUUUAUCAAUCCAACAUCAAGGUGUUGUUGUAAUGUCAGAUCUGAUUCUCUUUGCCCUUUACAGCAAUAUUAAUAAUGCUUCAGAAUUGUAGCUUUGCUUUUUACUUUGAAUAAAUCUCAGUACUGUGCAUCAUGUUCCCUGUGGGGCUGCUGACUCUGGAAUUCUGGGAAGGCAGAGAAUAAUUUAGUUGCUUUUUGACGUCAGAAUAACUCCCUUCUACUGUCUAUUUUAGUUUGCACUUUGAAGUUCCUGUUCCAUUUACAAAGGAAUUAACUUUAUUCUCCCUAUUUUGCUGCCUUUGUUUGUGUAGUCAAACAAAAAUAUUCGGCUUUCAAAAUGGCUGUUGUUAAACAGGCUGGUUUAAAGGUGUGAAAGACCCAGUAUAGCCUUUUUCUCUUGUCAAGAGAUUAUUGUUAAGCAAUUGCUUACAAAAGUAAUAGUCGUAAGCACUUCUCCCUUUCUGUUGUAGCUAGUGAAGAGUAUGAUGCACAGUUGCCAGUUUCCAAAGAAUUACCUGGCGUGAGUUCAGUUUUGCUGUGAAAGAAGCGCCUUUUUUUUUGCAAUUUAUUAAUAUUUACCUCUUGUGAUAUAGGCUGCUGAAAAAUGCGUGGCAUUAAACAAUUUCCUCUGGAAAUGAGAUAUGUUCACAAAAAGGCGGUUACGAAAAGGAAAUGCUUUGCUGUAGAAAUCCAGUGAUAAAAAAGUAUUUCCACUACAACAGAUUCAGUGCUGUCCAUUUUUACUAAAUUAGAAGAGCGCUAGGUGUUCCCUUCAAAAUAAUUACAAAAUCUCACAUGUUGAAUAAUAUGUAAAACAUUUGCAUUAUGUUGAUCAUUGUUGGUUCAUCUGGAUUCUUAAUUUGUUGCCUUCAUACCCCUUUCUUGUAGUUGACAUCUAAUUUUGUUUGUCCAGUUAUUUCUUGCACAUUGUGUUUGUUCUCAGUCUUUUUUUCAUGACAUCAGGCAUAAUGAAUAAAGUUUAGUCAUUUGUUACCACAUCAGGUUGUGAAAUAUGUAAAACUGAUGCUUUGAAGCAAAUCGUGCUUUCGGAAAAAAAAUCCAGCUCAGCUACCAAAGAUUGAUUGCAAUGCUGUGUGGGAAUGGGAACCUUGUCACAAUACUUUGAUUUUUGAUAGCUUCUCAGAUAAACCAUUUAAAAUCUUUUAUGCCUUCAGGAAUCUUAUCCCAUGAUUAUAGAAGUUGUUUUGCACCAAGGAAAGUUUCUGAAAUGUACAACUUUGUACAAUGAUUAUCUACAUAUUUGUAAUAUUUUUGCCUUUUCAUUACAUUUACUUUUCAAUUUCUCACAUGGAAAUAGCCAAGGUGAAAAGCAAUCUUUGUUAAUUGACAAUGGCUUUCUUGAAGGUUUUUGCUUGCAAAUGUUCUUGAUCAUGGUACUUGACCUCAGUGUUUGGAUUGUUGUCUGUAUGCUGCUGGUGUUCUAGACUACGUUGAGGUAAAACACUUUCAUUCUGAGGUAAAAGAUUGUUGUACAUUUUUUUCCUCCCACAGUUUCAAUGAAAUACUUAAUUGGGUUAGGAGUGUAUCAAUGAAACUGACUAACUGAAUGAAGACUUUUUGCAUUAUGGUUGCACUUGCCUCUGACAAACAUCUUGUGCCAUGUAAAAAUCUGAUUUCCUCCUAUAGAUUGGAAGGCUGUUAGCGAGUCUUAAUUUUCUUGACAUGGUUGCUUUCGGUUGAUUUUGCAGAUAAGAAAUUUGUUAAGAAAUAGGUUCUUGAAUCUCAGCCUGAACAUAUGUCUGGUCUAAGAUUGUAGUUUUAGCAGUGUUGAAAGUUAAGUUAAAAGAAAAGCUUCCAACACUAUCAUGGUUUCAGUUGUAAGACAAUCUGUAGGCAAGCCUUUUGCUUAAUUAAGGUUUUCUCCCAGCUUGUACAAUACAGUUGUUUCUUCUACCCAUCAAUAUCCUUCCUUUCCUAUCAGAUACAGUGCGUUAGUUCAGCCUUGCACCUUCUUCACUGAGCAAUCCUCAUUAAGAUUUCUUGGCAAUUUAACAAUCAUUUUAACCAAAGCAUAUUAUCACUGAUAAUUUUGUUUUGGUUAACCUGACCUCAAUGUCCCUUGCCAAAGGCUAAUCAUAAUUAGAACAUUUAUACAUAAUAUUGAUGGAAAUACCAACAGGAAGAAACAUUCACUUAAUGCAGUUGUUUCUGUUCAAAGCACUAAGAGUUACACUGGUAACUAAGCAAAGUGAUAAAAUAUUGCCGACUUUUCUGAUUACAUAAUCUUUUAAGUGAUUUGGUUUAAAUCUUCUGUGUACACUAUUUUGCCACUAAGUUCAUGGAAGUAUCCUACAACUCAAAUGUUUGUUACUUUCCCAAACUCUUUCAUUACUAUUAAUCAGUUGUUAAUGUUGGAAAACACUGUUUUAUUGUGUUUAGAAAACUGAGUGUGGGGGUGAGGAUUGGGAAUGAAAAUGUCACAGCAAAGCCUUAAUGAUCAGUACCAAAAUCACUGGUUUUAACCAAAGAGAUUAUAAAGGUCUUGUUGGAUAGUUGUGGCUUCAUCAGACGAAAAUAAGUUUAAAGUUGUGCAUGUUCUAUGAAAAAUUAGAGUUGUCUCAAAUUGUUCCACAGUGAGAUUGGAACAGCAUGUUACGAGUUGGCUAAAGUUAAGUUUUACUUGAAAGGAAUGUUUGACUGUACCUCUUCCUGGAGAUGCUGCCUGGCCUGCUGCAUUCACCAGCAACUUUGAUGUGUGUUGCUCAGCGCACAGGACUAGUUGGCCACCAUCUAACAGAUAAAUGCUGAUUAAGGCAUCUGAGUUGAAACCAAAGCAUUCAAUGGAUCUUUUGCGCUAUAUAUAUAUAUAUAUAUGGCAAACUGUUAUUUUAUAUUAAAUUUCCAAUAUUGUAUUUAUCUGCUGUGUUUUCCUUUAUCUACAUAUUGUGAAUUUAGUGCUUGUACAGUCCAUGAGGCUAACAAUUGUCUGAUAUAAAGGUAGAAGUUUCAUUGAAGCUUCUGAUAAUUAACUUGGCAGGCAUUGCAUUCCUGUUACUGCUCUGCAAUAUAGUUUUUUUGUCUAGUGACCUAAGAGGUUACAUGACAAUAUUUAAAGUAUUUGAUUUGAUUUAGACUGUAUUUAAGGCUAGCAGCUUGCAGCUAUUUUUUAUUACUUUCUGCCUCAAUCAAUUUUUCAUGUCGUUGAUGUUUUAAUUAUCUAGCUGAAAGAAAUUAGCAGAAUUUGUCAAUUGUUUUGUGAGGGUAAAGGGUAAUUAAUUCGGUUUUAUAAAAUUCUCUUUCAUUGGAGGAAAAGGCACUUAUGCAUAGGUAAGUUUUUGCAAAUGAAAUUCCUUGACCUGGCUUGGCUCCUCAGUGUUUCCAAAUGCUGUUAGCUUGAAUUUUCUUUUGUAGAAAGGAUUACAGCCUACAUAUACAACUGAAUGUAUUGUUCCUUUAAAGGUUAUUAAAAACAAUGUUCAGAGACAAACCAUCAUUUGUAUUUGCUGGAAAUCAUUUGCACUUGAUGCCUAUAAGGGGCAUUGCUUCAGGAGUCAGUUAUAGAAUUUUGUGAACACCCAAGAGAAAUAUUAGAUUCAAUAAGAUGUCCAAUUUUAAAUUUCAUAAGCAUUUAUACUAAAUUUAAACAUUUAAAUUAACCGGCCUAGAGUUAUAAAAAUUCUGUUUCUGGGUGAAAAAAUUGCUGCCUUUAUAAUUGGGGGACUACUAAAUUGUUAGCUAAAAUUCACUUGUUCAUACCAAGUUCAGUAGCUGACCAAUAGAUGUAGAAAUUUAUUUUGCUCUGUCUGAUUGAACACAGUUUGAUAUUUAUUGUGCUGUUUUCUAUGACUUUUUUCUUGUCAUUACUUUGAAAUAUUGAGCGCAACCUAGUUAGCAUUGCACUAUCACGGCCAUUAUUUCUCCUUUGUUGCCCACUCAAUGCCUAGUGUUCUAUGCCUCUGUGACUCACUGUAAAUAUGCUUAGCUGUCAACACUAUAGCUGUGUUAACUGAUAUUUAUUCUGCCUACUUUGCUGUUUGCAAUUGUCUAUCUUUUAAGUAGGCAAAAAAGAUAAAAUGUAAUACAUUUUGGGAGGGUUUCAAAAGAUAAUAUGCCCAUGUUGUGCUUUUUUAAAACUAAGCAUUUAAAUGAGGCAAUCCAUUUUUUUUUGUUCUUGAUCUGUAAAUUUCCUUGAAACCUCAAAGAAAAUAUAUUUGCAUAAUAUAGACCCAUUCUUUGACCCCAAGCCAUUGCAGGACUAAAUGUUUUCCCUGAACUGUAAUCCCAGAUUUCAUUCCUUCAAUAGGGAAGAGUCAUUCUGUUUUUUAAAUCAAAUCUGCUGAAAUGGUGAUGUGAAACCAAAAUAAGUUACUGUAGCUCUUGCUCUGGCAGUGUGGAUUUGGAAGACAAAAAAUAAAUACAGCAGACAAACUUACUUUGGUUGUAAAUUAAUUCUGUCUAGGCUUCGCCUUUUGUCAGCUCUGAUAUUGCAUGUAGAAAAGCUUGAAAUUCACUUAGUGCAGACCUGAGGAGCAAUAAACUGGUUAUUAGUUUAGUCCAAAAUUUAAAUGUUAGCUCAUAUGCAACAUACUGAAACAAUUAACUCCCCAUUUUUCUAAAGGACUAGAGCGAAGCAAGUUAGUAGAGGGCAGAUAUUGGCCUAUUUUAAGCGAAAUGCUCCAAUGGAAAUCUGGUCGAAUCAAUAUUCUCUAAAGUGAGUUCCUGCUUUUUAGUUUAAAGUGGACUUCUUCAGCACAUUGAAAUAAACCAAGUUUCAGUACUUCAUUUUGUAAAAUAAAAGCACUGAAUUUUAAGGAUUCAUUGAACCUGAAAUAGAUGAAAAGCAAGAAAACUAAAGCCUAGUCAGGACUGAAAUGAUGCUUUGUUGAAGAGAAUUUAGAUGACUUUAAUUCCAGUUCCCAACUGUUGAUCUGAUCAAGGGGCCUUUAAAAAGAAAUUGCUAUUGCCAAGUUCAGAAGAGAAAACUAUUGGAACAAAAUUGUAUUUACAAAAGGUGAAUUAUUAAGCUUUAAAAAUAACCAAGUGGUGUUAAGUAAUUUACAGAUCUGUCUAUUUGGAUAAGUCUUCAAUAAUGUAAAGAUAUUAUAUAUCCUGUAGAGUCCUGAAAUUCCUUCUAAAUUAUUUGCAUUUAGAAUGUUCAGGCCUGAUUUUCAUAAGAAAACUGCAGUGCUGUAUGUUCUCAAUGGAUUAUAUUCAUUUUUGAUUCCAUUUAAAAAGAAAUUUCUUUUGUGAGAGUCAUCAGUCGAAGCCUGGAAAAUGAGUUGGGAAGGAAUGUGUUCAGUACAAAAAUGGUCAGUUGUAAUUAAGUAUUUAAUUGCAUUGCUGUAACAAGUGCCAGUAGUCAAAGUUGCACAAUUACCCAUGCAAAAUAUUCCUCUUUGCCAUAAUAUUGAAGUGUUUAUUGGGCACUGCCGGUGAAUUAAGUGUGUUGGAAGGCAAGCGUCUUUGUAUUUCUAAAUAUGUCUUGUAGUAUUUGUUGGUGUUGCUGUUUCAACUAUUCUUGGCACAAUAGUUUUUCAUCUUCAUCAGUACGUACGCAACAGGGUUUUAAUUGAUGGAAAAAUCCAUUGCUGUUUCUGGCAGCUAUCUGCCUAUAAAAUCCAAAAUGUGAAAAAGGAAGCACAAUCAAGGCAUUUCAGUUCCUAGUAAUCACUCUGCUCAGCUUGAUAUCAAUAUCACAUUAAUAUUCCCUGACCGCUCAAUUGACAAUAAAAUUGUUGGCAAUUUUUUUUGAUAGCUACCAAGUUGACAAAUGUGGGUGUGAUAGCUGAAAUCAAAAUAAUGUACAGUAGGACAGUUUUUUUAAAAUCUGCUUUGACCAGACUUUGUAUACAAAAUGCUGUUGCUGUCUCGUGCACAUCAACAUUGAAAGAAGUUGUUUUCAUUAGAGCUUCAGUCCAGUGAUACUAGAUAAUUUCCAUUGUUUGAUCUCAAUAUUUCUCUUUGACCUGAGGAUGAAAUCCCAAAGCAUGCUACUGCUUGUUUAAUUUCUCCCUCUUUCAUGUUAUUAAAGCACACAAAAGGCCAGAAAAAAAAAUAAAACCAAGCAUAUUGAUCAAAGAAAAUAAACUCUGAACAUUGGACACUAGCAGCAGAAAUACAGAAUGCAUUACUAAAUGUUUUGAUUACAAACUCUGCAUUGCUGAAAGGGCUGUACCCAAGUCUUACCUUGUUU